AUCCGCGCGGCCAGCUGCGCUCGCCCGAAUCCCCCCGCGGCAGUAGGACCCGCAAGCGGCCCCCGAGGCCCGGCGGCGAUGCUGAAGGUCAAGGUCCUCUUCGUGGGGCCCUGCGAGAGUGGGAAAACCAUUUUGGCCAACUUUCUGACCGAAUCUUCAGACAUCACAGAGUCUUCAGACAUCACCAAGUACAACCCAACCCAAGGGGUGAGGAUCCUGGAAUUUGAAAAUCCAAAUGUGACCAGCAACAAUAAAGGCAUGGGGUGUGAGUUCGAGCUCUGGGACUGCGGUGGCGACCUGAAGUUUGAGUCCUGCUGGCCUGCCCUGAUGAAGGACGCUCACGGCGUGGUGAUUGUCUUCAAUGCCGACAUCCCCAGCCACCUGAAGGAGAUCAAGAUGUGGUAUUCCUGCUUCGUCCAGCAGCAGUUCCUCCAGGAUGCCCAGUGUCUGCUUGUUGCACACCACAAACCCGGCUCCGGAGGGGAUGUGGGGAAUCUGGCUUUGACUCCGCCCUUGACCAAGCUGAAGUUAGUACACUCCAAUCUCGAGGAGAACCCUGAGGAGAUCCGCAUGGAAUUUGUAAAAUAUUUAAAAAGCAUCAUCAGUUCUGUGUCUGAGAGCAGAGACAGGGAGGAAAUGUUAAUUUUUACCUGACUACCACCUCCCAAUAAAAUCCGCUUCUUCCUUGUG